AUGGUGAUUGGAAUACUGGGUUUCCGGCAGCCCAGAAACUCAGGCAUCUCGCCGGCGGGAAUGGGAUUGCUGAGGAGUAUUGAAGCCAAGUUUGUGAAGGCUUUCCGGUUUGUGUCCAUUGGAAGGUCCUCUCGCAAGUUUUCUUCGUCCAGCUUGACUUUGGCGAGAUCCCGGUCUUAUGCAGAGAUAAUCGACUCUCAUCGAGUUGAAGCCAUAGAGGAUUGCAUCGAGUUCUUGAAUUCUUCUUCUUCUUCUUCUUCCUCUUCGUUUUCUUCUUUGCAGAGAUCGAACUCGGUCUCUGCUAAUUCUUCUUGCUAA